CAACUGCCCCCCAACACGCCGCCACACUUGACCAAUAUCCCUGGGUCAGCCCGCGACGGUCCUCCCCCACACCCCGGCAGGCACCGCCCCAUGAAGAGCGGCACGAGUUGAGUGGCAGGAGGGGGUCGUGGCGGGAGCGGAGGAGUGUGUCGUGCGGUAAUAAAAGCUUCCAAAAGUGUUGUGGAGUGCGAGUGUGGAUUUGAUGGCCGGCAGGGGUAAGUUGUUUACACCGAGACCCCCCUACAGAAGUGCAAGACGGACCUGCCUCCUCACUCUCCCUGUGGUACUCAGUUACAUCCUUCAAAAAAAAAACACUGCCUGCUGACUCUUUAGUGGUGUAGACUAACCCUUUUAACUCGCUCCAAUGCCUAGAAUGAGCAGGAAAUCGUCAUACACUUACCAUGGACUCAAUGAAGGUGAAAGCGAGGAUGGGCAGCGCUUGAGGUUACAGAUAGAACUGGAGUUUGUCCAGUGUCUGGCUAACCCCAACUACCUUCUCUUCCUGGCCCAGCGGGGGUACUUCAAGGAGCAGACGUUUAUCAACUACCUGAAGUAUCUCCAGUACUGGAAAGAACCCGAGUAUGCAAAAUACCUGAAGUAUCCCAUGUGCCUUUACUUUCUGGAUCUACUGCAGCACGAAAACUUCAGAAAGGAAAUUGUUAAUGGCCAAUGCUGUAAAUUCAUUGACGAUCAGACUGUACUGCACUGGCAACACUACUCUCGUAAGCGUAUGAAACUUCUAGAAACCGGAAUUCAUCAACAAGGCUCACAGACCCCAGUUUCUCAGUCAACAGCAGUGUCUGGUGCCCCAACUCCUGCUGCUCUACCCACUAACUUAUUAAACGGUCAUGGACAGACUCAGAAAGUGUGA